UGUCUGUUGUUAGGGUUGUAGCUUCUUCUUCUCUUGUCGUUGUUUGUUUCGCUUCUCGGAAAAAAAAAAUGGCGGCAAUUUCUAGGGUUUUUGGAGGGUUCAGGACACUGAUGGCGAAGGCGGCGACUGCUGAGGCCGUUACCGUCGCCGUAGAAGGAAAAGGGAUUUUAAAGACUUUCCCAGUCUCGCAGCAGCUGGCUAGCUUCGCCGGAGAAAGCGAACUCACUCGUGGUUCCGCCGUGAAGAAGGUUUGGGAGUAUAUUAAGCUUCACAAUCUCCAGAAUCCUGCGAACAAGAGGGAGAUACACUGCGAUGAUAAGCUAAAGACGAUUUUCGGUGGCAAAGACAAAGUUGGAAUGACAGAGAUCAUGAAGCUUCUGUCACCACAUUUUACUAAAUCUGUUUGAUUUGGUGUUGGUUUAUCUAACGUAGUAUCUCAAAUCUUAAAUAUGGUUUGGCUUUUUCUGGUUCAUUUCGGGAUGUAUAUGAAAAACUCUCAAGACCCGAAUGAGCUUUUGGUAAUGUUAACAAGACCCGGAGAAUAUGAUGUAGUUUGACAAUUUUAUCGGAAAUAUCGUCUCUGUAAUAGUAGUUUCGAUAUCGAUGUCUUUAAGGCUUCCUUACUCAUCUUUGUAUGUUGCGUCGCCACUAAAUUAGUUACGCAUCGUGUGAGCAACCAAUUUGGUUA